AUGAUUACAAAAAAAAAAUUUAAUUUUAUUAGAUGCGAAGAACUAGUCGAGCCGCAGUUGAGCGCAUUAGCGAAAAUAUGCGUGUAUUGCAUAAUAGCCGUCGUGCAAUCAACGUCAAAAGACCAAUCGAACAAGAAAAGAAACAGGAAAGACGUGGAUUGUGAUGACAACGAUUCGUAUUAUCCGGCACCAAAACACAUGAAAUUAAAUAACGAAGAACCCUCGGUCGGUUUUGGAACGAAUUCUUGUUUUUCACCCUCUAGGCAACCAUCCAUGGCUCCGGCACUACAAUCCGCUUGCAACGAAUUAUUUAACGCUUUCAUGCUCAUAUCAAACAGAAACGGUGAAAUAUCACAGCAAACACAUUUUGUAUAUAAAUUUUUAGAAAUGUUGGUCAAAUGCGGUCGAGAAAAAUCCAGAUUGGUUUUGCAAGGUCAACCGUUACAUAAUUUGGUACAAACGAAUCCGACAUAUUGA